GUGCCGACGCCCGCCCGUGGCGCAGUCGCCGCGACCGCAGGUUUGUCAGCCUCUCAGCAGCAGCAAUUCGCCAUGGACGCCGACGCCGCCGCCACCUUCCCCAGCCAGGAGUUCCACGGUUUCAAGCAACCCAUGGACGAGCGUAUGCAGAACGUCUUGGCAAAUGUCGGAGCCGUCUCGGAGAGCGUCAAUGCAGCCCUUUCAGGACUCAAGGCGUCCAUCAACCAGUCGUACGAGGGCUUGCACAGGCAGGUCGAGCGCCGCAUCGGCAUCGUGGAGCUCGAGCAGCAGGCUACCUCUGAUAGAUUGGCUGAUGUGGAGAAGGAGAUGCGCAAGCUACGCCAAAAACUCGGCAUCGUCAAGCAGGAGCCGCCAGCGACCAAGCAGUUCACGCCUGGCAGCUCGUUCAAUCGCGAGAUCAACCAGGGCAUCGUCAUUGUUAGGUCCAAGCAGCUCGUCACUGCAGCAGCUGUUGCAGAUGGAGUUCGAUCGUGGCUUGAGGAUAGUAACGUCGAGGAGGACGAUUGGCUCGUGGAGGGAGGGCCGACCAGCAAGAAGUACACCAUUCGUUUCACAG